AUGGUCUUCACCGAGCGCCGCGCGUUCACCACCCCCAGUUUCCCGCACCCCCCGCUGUCGCUCACGAUCGCCCACGACGCCGACGACGUCCCGUUGAGAACCGGGUGUCGGCUCUGGAGCGCCGCCUACGCCCUGGUCGAGCGCUUAUCCGCGCGCGACGGCGCGGACGUGCGCGACCGACGCGUCCUCGAGCUCGGCGCGGGCGUCGGUGCGGUUGGCUUGGCGUGCGCCGCGCUCGGAGCGCGAUCGGUCACGUUGUCGGAUCGAGACGAAGGCACCCUGGCGCUGGCGCACGGCAACGCGCUGCGAAACGGUUGGUUCGACGGGACGCGAGCGUGCGACGUCCGCGUCAAGGCGCUCGAUUGGGGGCGACGGGAGACGUGGGACGAAAACGAAAACGAACGACGCGCGUAUGACGUGAUCGUGGCGGCGGAUAUGCUGUAUUUAGAGGAACACGCGGAGGAAUUGGCGACGGCGGUGGACGCGCACGCGAAGAGCGGCGGCGGGACGCGGUUUAUCGCGGCGUUCGGCGUGCGAAAGCCCGCGCUCGCGGCGGCGUUCGAGAGCGCGUUGCGCGCUCGAGGUUUUGUCGUUCGGACGGAGGCGUUGGACGCGGAUGUGUGCGAAGACAUGCGAACGACGGCGGCGGAACACGCGCACGACGACGAAAUAACCGCCAAGGGCGGAUACAGGUUGUUGAUCGCCGAACGCGACGAGGCGGCGGUGUUGGCAGAUUUUGUGGAAGCUCUCGCGGUGCAUAGUGAAGACGGGGAAGUGCGACGAUAUGGUGACGGUGAUGACGGUGAUGACGGUGAUGAGUGCUCGUUGCGCGUCGACUUUGAUGAUGCGUGCUCGUACGCGCUGCGCGUCGAGCGCGCAACGCCUGACGCGGACACCAUCGACGCUGCGGCGGAGAGUUUGCGCGUGCACGGCUUCGUGGUGUUAUCACCGGUGGCGUCUGGUGCGAUCGUGCCCGAGGACACUCUCGCCGAGUGCGCGCGGGCGAAUGACGAGCACUUAGACGAGUUGCUCGCUCGCGCCGAAACACGAGGCGUCGAUUCGCGUCGAGACAUCUUUCGCUACGCCGAGAUCUGUAGUAGGGCGCGCUGCGGACUGCGAUAUGACUUUACUCGUCCCGAAUGCGAACGAGUGCGCGCUCUCGCGAAACCAAACGGGCAGCGCGCGGUGAGCGCGUGGGAAGCUUUGGGAGCGUACGUCUCGCCGUGGGUUUCUCCAAUUCUCUCUAAGGCGUACGGUGCCGACUACGACUUUACGACCAAAUCUCUCGGGUGCGUGAGCUCCGAGCCCGGCGCGCCGGAGCAGCACUUUCACGCCGAUGGACGUGUGUUCGGUAUUUUCAACGUAUUUAUAAACACAGCAAAGGUUGAAACGAUAGAUGGACCGACUGCGUUCAUUCACGGGUCACACGAGUGGGACCACGACGCGUGUUAUGUGUCGACACCCGAGCGCAAGGCACAGGCUUUGGCGCCUCGAACGCAGCCUGAACUGUUAUUUCCCGGUUCUGUACUCAUUUAUGACUACCGCGUCAUGCAUAAGGGCGGUGCGAACGAUUCUGCGAGACGUCGAUCUCUCGCGUACGUCAUGUUUUGCUCUCGACGCGCGCGCGACUCGUGGAACUUUCCACUCGACGACUCGAUUUGGGAUUCCGACGCGACGACGAACGACAGCGAAGACGAGUGA